ACGUCUCUCGCUUUCUCCUUCACCACAACAACAUCCUUCUGUUUCUCUUUCUAGAAUCCUCCAUCUUCUCCGACCUCUCCAAAUUUCCAAAUCUCUCUCUUUCUCUCUCCAUUUUCAUCUUUAUCAGUGCAUGGCAGUGAAUCUCUUAGCUCGCGAGGUGUCCGAUCUAUGCCUUGGAAAGCCUGCGCUUAGGGCGCUUCUUGUCACCGCCACCGUCGGCGAAGCCUUGUCGGCGCUGAAGAGGCUCGGUCAGACCUAUCUGAGCGUCUGGAGCUGCGACCACUCUUCCAAAAUCGGUACCGGAGGUUCCGCCGGCAAUUGCCGCUGCGUUGGGAAAGUUUGUGUCGCCGAUGCGAUCUGCUUCCUCUGCAAGGAAGAAAACCUCAAGUCACCGGCGACGGCGCUCCAGGCUUCGGUCUUGGUUCUGAUUCCGAAGGUUCCUGGACUCGUCAGGCAUUUGGAACCAAACGCCAGUUUAUUGGAGGCCGUAGAUCUUAUUCUGGAAGGAGCACAGAACCUAGUCAUUCCAAUCCAAACCCGAAGUAGCUCAAGCAAUUCAAGGAAAAACCUGCUUCAAAAACCCUCCUUCAAUUCCGCGCGCCACGAUAACCGUGAGUACUGCUGGAUCACCCAGGAAGACAUCAUCCGUUACCUCCUCAACUGCAUUGGCCUGUUUAGUCCCAUUCCGGCCAGCCCCAUCAACGCCCUCAACCUCAUCGACAGCAAACACAUCCUUGCCGUCAACUACGACGACCCUGCUGCCUCCACAUUGCCCCUAAUCUCCCAGGCCCUUGUCUGCCAAACCUCGGUCGCGGUGGUUGACACAGACAGCAAGCUGAUCGGGGAGAUCUCGCCCUUCACGCUCAACUCCUGCGACGAGACGGUUGCAGCCGCAAUAGCCACGCUCUCGGCUGGCGAUCUGAUGGCCUACAUUGACUGUGGCGGUCCGCCAGAGGAUCUGGUACAGCUUGUGAAGGACAGGUUGGAGGAGAGGAAUUGUGGGGCUUUAUUGGAUUUGAUGGAGGAAGACUACUCGACGAUCUCGUCGUCGUCUUCGUUAUGUUCCUCCUCGUCGGACGAGGAGAGCGGGAGGUUCGGAGGGAAUUCAGCGAGGAUGGUGAGGAGGUCGGAGGCCAUUGUCUGCCAUCCUUGGAGCUCGUUGGUGGCUGUGAUGGUUCAGGCUCUAGCUCACCGUUUGAGCUAUAUGUGGGUUGUGGAAGCGGAUGGGACUUUGAUGGGCAUUGUAACAUUUGCUGGAAUGUUGAAAGUUUUCCGGGAACGUUUGAAUUUAAUGGGAUAGCACUGAAGAACCCAUAAACUAAAAGAAAAUUGAACUUUAAAAGGGUAAAACCAGCUAAUAUAUAUUCUUUUUAAGUUAGUCUUUGAACUUAUAUAAGAUACAAAAAGAUGAAUAUAAUGCUGGCAGCCUUCUUUUACGAGCUCAAAUAUUGGAUUUUCUGCUGCUUUAUUGGUACCGCCCUUUUAGUCCUGUCCUAUACUAUGUGGACGUAAAUGAGAAAAAAAAAAUCCUCGAAUCAAACGACGUUUUGAUUUGAUACAAGGGUUUCUUAUGUUAUGCUAAGACUUAAUUUUUCAUCUUUAA